AUGUCUGCGCAACAGCGUCGAGCCGCAGAGGCGGCCGUGGCCCAGAAGCGCCGCAGUACUUCGUCGUUUACAUCGUCAAGCGACAUUUCGUCGUUAUGUGAUCAGAUGUCGCUAGCCCAAUUGCCUUCUGAGAGCACGCAGCCCUCCUCGAGCUCGAUGUUCUUCACCAGCACUCUUUCGGAUACGACUUCCACUACUACCGAUUCGACUACCGCCCAGCCAUUGCCAGAGCGCGCCUUCAACACCGGCCAGGAUGUGCAAAAGAUCUAUGAAGAGCCGAUGCGCCUCUACCCAACUACUUUCCGCACUCCCCGCGCGAAUGGGCUGCGCGUCGAGAAGGCUGUGACCGUCUGCGAAUUCCCCGACCUCGGCAUCAACGGGCAGCACCAGAAGCGCGGCGAGCGCGGCUCCAACAAUCCGUGGCGCCGUUUUGGUGCCUUGCGCCGCAUCUACGAGGUGGGCGGGAUGAUGUUGGUGGGCGACCGGAAGAAGCGGAACUACUCGUUUGUGACGGCGGAAAGCACCCCUCCCCCGCCGCCGAUUGGCCCUGAGAUGACGCUGAACUGGGACCAGGAGCGCAGCUCGUUGUUAGAUGAGCUGGACCUUGGGGCCGGUCGCCCCGCCGCCCUGCUCGCCCACGACGCCGCGCUGUUCAUUGACGAGCUGAUCAGCGAGGAGCGAUUCGACGACUCUCUCUUGGACGUCUCGUCAGUCGAGGUUUCGGCUGAGAUCCCGGCGGGCGGA